AAAAAAAAAAAAAAACCGCAGAUACUGAGGCACCUCCUUUAAGAGGGACCUACCUACCGUUUUCACGCGGACUCCUUGUCCUGGAUCACGGCCAUCGAGAGAGAUCAAGUUUUUCAAGGUCCAUUACCCUCAGUUUCUUCAAAUAGUUCGGCAGUUCCAAGGGUUAGACUCACUCUGGGCUGUUGAACUUGGGCUUUCUUGGGAAAAUAAUCGUCUUCAAAAUAAAACAAAACUGAUUCCAGAAAGAAAGAAAACACCGUUUCCUUUUAUUGGGGGGGGUUGGGUUUGGCAGAGAAUUAUUGGGGUUUAGGCAAGUCAGAAUGGAGGGGUUUAAACAACUCUGGUAACUUCAUGAUCUUAAACAUUGUUGGGCUUUUGGAUUUGUCUUUCUUAUUUAGCUUCCCGGUUCUCACAAAAGAUGAUGAUUUUGAUUGAUAUUGAUGAUGGUGAUGAUGAAAAUAAAAACAGGGAGCAUAUGCAGUCAAUGGAUCGCACAUCAGAGAAGAUUGCCUAUGGUGCGGGUGUUGCCGCUGGAACUGUAGGAGGAGUUGCUGGUGUAGUAUGCGGCAGUAAAAUGGCCUUUGACUGGGUGAUUGACCGCUACGAUGAAUUCGAGACCAGGAGUAUUGAAAGGAUUAUGCGGAAAAUAGAUGCAAACAGGAGGGACAGAAACACAGGGGUUUCGGUCGCAUCAAGGAGCAUUCUCACAGAACCUAAAUCAGAUGGCAUGUAAUGAUGUUGAAGCACUCAGGAGAACCCGUGGUAAAGUCCAGGUGCAAGCUGCCUUUUUGGUCAGAUAGAUUCGGAAGGCAGAUUUGAACUUAGAAUCUAGUCCCUUUUUUCCCGUUACUUUGAUAUCCUUUCGUACAAAACUGAUGACCAUAGAUGAUUCAUGGAAAGUGAUAGGUAGAGAUGUUAGUGAUUGCCUCCAUAUUCAGGACUCAUAGUUUAAGCUUGAGUAAUUUCAUGGUUUGGAUCAGCUUGUGUCCAUAACUGCUAAAUGAACCUUCGAUGUGUUUUAAAAUGUUUUGAGGUACUGUUCCUGGCUACCCGCAAUAUUUUUCUGUUUUCUGAUGUUAAGAUUUGAGCUA